GAGGUGGUUUGAGGGGGUGGGGGGUCGAUAUCGGGAGAAGUAGGAUGAACUUACGGAGGUCCGGGAAUCCAGGCGUCUAAAUUCUAAAAGAAGUUGAGCGAUGCAAACUUAUUGGAAUAUCGGUCAUUGCGCUGCUGCAGCAGAGAAACAAUCGGUUCAUGAAAAUAACGCUCCGAACAGUCGAGCGCUCUGGCCACGAUGUCGGAACGAUUCGCAUGUCCUUUCCAAGGCGAUUGCUCCUUCCAUGGAGCUUUCGACGAAGGGAUCCAUCAGUGGCGACCUUUAAAGAUCCGACCUUUGGGGGUUUUCCAGUUCUCAGAAGAGGUGGGAGCGUCAAGGUCCGAUUUUUUGCUUUGAAUUCCAUCUCCUGUAAUUUCCGAGAGAAGUUACAGCUCCCUGUAGUGCUUGAACUGGAUCUGGGAGGUUUCUUUCGAAAGAUGAAGUCGUUACGGGAAGUCCAAAUAAACCAAAAGAUGGUUGCUACAACCGCCAGAGAAGGGAUGGUUGAGCCCAUAUGUCUCGCGUCCAAGGACAAAAGAGAAGGAGAUGCUCUGUGGAUUCCACCUGGUCUUUGCACAAUGAGCAGUAAGGAUCUGAUCUCAUUUCAUAAAGCUCGAGGAGCCGAGAAAGAUGAGGAGGCCAUUGGAGCUUUCGGAUAGUCUUGAUACUUUCGAUUUCAUAUUUUCCAU